AUGACCGCCCCAAUCCUGAAAGCUGAAAAGUUAGAAAAAGUAAAAUUCAAUAGGGUGUUGUUGAGUUUUGUCGUUGUGUUUUCUCCCGUAGAGAUGGAGAAUGAGUUAGAAAACCUUUGGAGGAAAUUUUCAUUAACUGAUGAGGAACAAGAUAUCGUUGAACUUGGGGAACAUGGCACAGGAGGAGUACAUGCAGAAAAGUUUAAAAGGUGCAUUGUGGGUCGUUUGCUUCCGGGGAAACCUAUCAACGUCAAAGCACUACAUAGUGCAAUGACUGGUGCAUGGAAAAUCAACGGAAAUUUUGAUAUAUCAGAUAUUGGCAAAGGAGUGUUUGUUUGUGAAUUCAAAAAUCAUAGGGAUAAGGUGAAGGUGUUGAGAGAAGCCCCAUGGCAUUAUGAUAGACAGCUGGUUAUUUUAUCGGAGGUACAAGGCGAUGAGCAAUUAUCAGAGGUGAAGCUGAAUGAAUCUCCUUUCUGGAUUCGGUUAUGCAACGUGCCGUUAAAUUGCAGAGACAGUGAGAGUAUUACUAGAAUUGCAGAACGAGUAGGGAAGGUAUUGGAGAUUAGAGAGGAGGACGUUGCUGUAUGGGGUAAACAUAUCCGAGUUAGGGUACUGGUCGAUGUUAAUGUUCCUCUUAAGCGGGGAACCUUUAUCCGUAAUAGCAAGGGCGAGAAGGUGUGGGUUUAUUUUCGAUUCGAAAAACUCCCUAAUUUUUGUUACUGGUGCGGCUUGUUAGGGCAUGUUCAUGAUGAUUGUGAGACGCGUCCGGAGUGUGUCGAGGAGAUAGACUGGCCAUAUAGCCCGGCACUACGGGCAUCUCCAUUCCGUAAAGCUGUCGGAUCCAAAACUACUGAAAGGAGAGCUGAUGUUGUCUUCUCGAGAAGUGAAGGGAUGGGUGAUAAUGAAAAUGUCCAGGUUCGCCGUCGUUUGAAUGAAGAGUUUGAGGGGGAAAUAAAUGAUCUCACUUGUGGGGUAUCCAAACUACCUGUGUUAAGUAAAGAAGCAGAAACUGUUGUAGAUAAUGAGAAAGGAGAAGCUGAGGGUGUGAAUAGGCUGAAUAUAGUGUCUGAGCAUGGAAGUGAAAUUGGGGUGAGGAUUGAUAGUCUAAAUUUCACACCAGGCAGGGGGUCUGGAGCUGUUCAAGAGAAAUCGGGGUUAGGAGCGAAGAAAAAAGGGGGAAGGAAUCUGAAAAACGCAGCCCGCGGUGUCCAACCUGCUGUGAGUAAAUCGACUGACAACGAAUCUUUACAGGCGAGAAUGUUAAAAAGGAAACCCCAAUAUCAACUUCAGUUACUUGAUAUUUACUCGGAGGAUGUCGAGAUGCAGGAUCUCUGCUCAAAGAAGCCAAAAGCUUCUAUUGCUGGACUGGAUCAAAAUUCUUCUUUUUUGGCGGAGACUGCAGGACAGUCUCGCCAGUCGCAAUGA